UCUGUUUUCCUCAGUCUCUUUUCCGACGUGCGCGCAACAAGACCUAAAAUCACAGUGGAGCAGAGAAGAGCCCGCUUCCCGCGCUUGCUGCUCUUUAGUUUAACUAAUUAAUUACUUGCCCGAUAUAUAAAAUGAUUCACGAGUCAUUAUAAUAAUUAUAAUGUCGAAGCCUUCUACAGGCAAUAUAGCAGCUCCAUAAAAUCCACAAGGAGAUGCAAGUGUGUAGUAUGUUUCAGUUUCUGUUGCGACGCCAAAUUGCAUUUGCGGCCAGCACGCCGCUCGAUCCCUCGAUCGUUUAGACCCCUUCAUUGACUCACUUUUCCUAGUGCUGGACAAUCGGUCCAGCCAGCCAAUAUUUUUCGGAGCGCCACCAAGCGUUUUCCAAUGAUGCAAAUCCCAUUUACUCGGAUUUUCAAAGUAAUUUUCGUGCUCUCAACAAUUGUCGCCGUCACAGAUUGUUGUUCGAGCCGGAUCUUACUUCUCCGAGAGCAUACGCUGAAAAUUGUGCAGCAUCAGCACAGCCACAUGCACGAGCAUGCGCACGAGCUGCAGCAGCAGAUCCAGGAGACUGCGGUUGAGUUGCUCAAUCGCCUGGAGCUGCAGCGUAAGCAACUGGAGGCUUCCGCUCAGGAGGAGGCAGACCAGCUGCAUCCCGAUACGGAUCCCAAUCCAGACACUGGCGACCAACUGCCAAGCACAGACGACUCCAAUGCCGCUGAUCCUGAACAGGAUGCGGUUAUUCUUGGAUCCAGUACCGCAACCUGGUUGGCCAGCGAAAACAGCACACCAAUCACUGAAUCCGAGACAGUGACAACACCCGAAACUGUUACGCACACCGGAGAACCGCCACCUGACCACAGCUCGACCAGUACGCCAGGCUCAGCAACUGCCAGCCCGAACGACAAGGAGACAGAGAUUCAGAUGCUGCCCUGCAGUGAAGCUUACAAUACUAGCUUUUGCCUGAACGGCGGCCACUGCUUCCAGCAUCCGAUGGUAAACAACACGGUCUUCCAUUCCUGCCUCUGCGUAAACGACUACGAUGGAGAACGGUGUGCCUACAAGAGCUGGAAUGGUGACUACAUAUUUUCGCCUCCAACGGCGCAGCGGAAGGUCCGGAUGGCACACAUCGUCUUCUCCUUUCCCGUACUCAUCAUGUUGUCAUCGCUCUACGUGCUCUUCGCAGCCGUUUUCAUGCUCCGCAAUGUGCCGGAUUAUCGACGGAAGCAGCAGCAACUACACCUGCACAAGCAGCGCUUUUUUGUCAGAUGCUGAGAGACCUUUGAUGAGGAGAGAUCCUCCUCUGGAUUGCAAUUGGAUAUAAUUUGAUUUGGAAACAAUUUGGUUUCACCUAUAUAUGCCUCAUUGUUGGAUGGCAAAUUCUUGUUGACCAUAUUUCUUUCUUUACGUUGCGCAGCGUAAAAUUAACGCUUUAAUUUAUUGAAUACAUUUAGUGUACUUAGUAGGAUUUUCUAUUUAGUUGCAAAAGACGCACAGUUAGUAUUUGCUUUUCUUUAUCAUUUCUUAGUUUCGUUUGUUUCGCUUUUGAAGCUUUCGUUGGAGCUUUUGUAGUUUGUUUGUAGUAACAUUUUGUUACGUUAAAUUAACCAUUACGAAAUAUUAAGAAUGUACUUAGAACAUAAUCUUAGCGCUUACUCCAGUUACCAGGACAAGUGAUUAUUUUUUGUAACACUCUGUUACAUCGUGUAUAUUGUAAAGAAAAACUAUUUUGGUAGUGUAUUAAAGAAGAGGAUUGGGACUCGACUCAAAACAGAACUAAAACA